CUUGCUUGCUCUCUGGAACCAGCUGGUGGGAGCGCGCGAAGCUUCGCACCCGUUGAGACGAAUCAUCCGCAAUUUCUCACACUGUCUGUGCGCGAGCGGAGCACGCGGAGCACAGAGGAUCAAGUCGGUGGGAUGAAGUGAUCGAGUCAAGGGGAUGAUCAAGCAGUGCAGUCGCGUUCACCAACACAAGAUAUUUUUUUGCGUGUCAGUGCAGUUUUUACAAACCUCUAUUUCGUUUAUUCAAACGUUGACAGCCCAACUGUAGCCUAAAUUUCAUGCUAAAAGUUUGACUGGUAAAAAAAAGGAUGAUAACCAUAUUGCUGUUUUUUCACAUCGUGUUGUGGAAUCUGGCGUCAACGUAACUGGAUAAUUGUUAUCCUAUUUGAUAUAUAUUGUUUUAUCACAUUAGGGUGUCAAUUUCAACAAACAGGGCAUUAUUCGCAUUUCUCCUAGCGCUCAGGAUUGCUUUCAUCAGAAUUAAUGUCGCACUCCAGAAUGGACCUCGUCGGGCUAUACUUCCUACAGCUGGCGCUCAUUGGGCUCCCCCCUGCCUCAGGCUCAGCCGUGCGUGACUGCCUGCGUGCCGGGGACAGCUGCUCCAGCGAUGACUCCUGCAGCCCUCGCCUGCGCACGCUGCGGCAGUGUGUGGCGGGGGACGGCAGCGUGAAGCUGGGCCCGGGGGCCCGCAGCCAGUGUGAGGGCGCAGUGGCAGCCCUGCUCUCCAGCCCGCUGCACGGCUGCCAGUGCAAACGAGGCAUGAAGAGGGAGAAGAACUGCCUGAGUAUCUACUGGAGCCUGCACCAGUCCGCCUUGCAUGGGCUGAGUCUGGUGGAGAACUUCCCUUAUGAACCGGAGGAGAGGGGCUUCGACUACGUACGCCUGGCCUCCAUUGCUGCAGAGUCGGAGGUAACGACGGUGAACCGUUGCCUGGACGCGGCGAAGGCGUGCAACGUGGACGAGGCGUGUCAGAAGCAGCGCACAGACUACGUGUCCUCGUGCAUCCAGCCGUCGGCGCGCUCCCCCUGCAACCGGGCCAAGUGCAGCAAGGCGCUCCGGAAGUUCUUCGACCGCGUGCCGCCCGACUACACCCACGAGCUGCUCUUCUGCCCGUGCUCGGACACGGCGUGCUCGGAGCGCCGCCGCCAGACCAUCGUCCCCGCCUGCUCCUACGAGGAGCGCGACAGCAAGCCCAACUGCCUGGCCCAGCUGAGAACCUGCAGGGCCGACUACAUCUGCAGGUCCCGCUGGGCUCAGUUCCAGUACGACUGCCAGCCCUCGGAGCACAGCGCGAGCGGUUGUAACCACGACAACCACGCCGCCUGUCUACUGGCGUACACCGGCCUCAUAGGCAGCUCCAUCACCCCUAACUACCUCGACAACUCGACUUCUAACGUUGGACCCUGGUGCUCCUGCACUGCCAGUGGCAACCACCGGGAGCAGUGUUCUGAGUUCCUGGGCUUCUUCCACGACAACAUCUGCCUGAGGAACGCCAUCCAGGCUUUCGGGAACGGGACCGAAGGGAAGUCAGGAGCCGGCCAACCAGGGAUGCCCAGCACGGCCCCCGACAACCGCAUCCAGCUCUUGGCUACCACCAACCCUGGCGUCACUAUGGAAACUGAGCAGAGCAUCCUGAGAGCACAGAUACCCACUCAGCUGGAUGAGAAGGACAGACUGUGGAGUGAAGUGGACUCUACCAUGCCCUCUCCUGGGCUGUCGGACCACGCCCAGCCCCUCCAGCCCUGCCCCCUGGCCUGCUUCCUCGCCGCGCUGCUGCUAUGGGGCCUGUAGACUCCGCCCCCAGCCCCGCCCUCGGGGGACUGACGAGGAGGGGGGAGUGGACGUACCGUACACACCUGCCCAUCUGGAAGAUACCUGGAACACCAUGCCCCAUUUACACACACACACACACACACACACACACACACACACACACACACACCUCCCCAUCCCCUAAGCGAGGUGUUGGAGCUGUACAGACAGAAGGGGAGGGGUCACUGCUAUCCAAUAGAGACGCAGUUCUACUCUUUUCUAAUGAGGACUCUGUUCUAGAACAUUCCUUGAUGUACAGAUAUUCCAUGUGAAGACGCUGCUGAGAGGAUCUGUGUGUGAAGACGGCGACAAAGAUGGCUCCCUUCACACACAGGCGGCAUUUCUCUUCACUCAUGUUUUAUUUGAAUGUUACUUUUCUGGGUGUCACAAUGAAAUUCUAAGUCGUUUUCUUACCAGCACACAAAGUCUGAGGCACACAUUAUCAAGCCAAGACCAUUUUUUAUUUUCAACCCGCUGUCAUAUUUCAGUUGUAGAUAUUUCUGAGGACAAACCCACGUGAGUGCUGAUUCACGCUUCGAGGACGGAUGAGUCGCCCCGCAGGGCGUCCUGGGGCACCGCCACUGUAGGUAACGUGAUUCUAAUGACAGGCCAGAGGGUGAUUAUACAGUAUAUAUUUUUUAUGUAUGUGGUCUUUACCACACCAAAUAUAUAUAUCUAUGGAUUACGAUGUCAUCAAUCAUGCUCUCCCAUCAUGGUCAGCGCAAGGGAGGAAGUGUCUCCAGGAAGACUGGAUGGACUUGUAUCAUGUGACAAGAAAGCCUGCCCCCCCAUUGGAGCAUAUUUCUGACAUGGGAGUAUCUGAGUAUUAAAAAGCACACAUUUUUUAUGAGACAAUGUGCUGGUUCACCCUGGUGAUAGGAGACCGGUUUUACACAGUGAGAACCCACAUUGACUCACCGCCAUCACAGGGCUACUGUUGGAACCAGAGGCUGAUAGAAUGGGGGUAUAGCUCAGUGGUUAGAGAUUUUGACUGCAGAUUUAGAGGUUGCCGUUUAAAAUCCCUUUAUGUAUGGGAGUCAGAUGGCUGAGCGGUGAGGGAAUCGGGCUAGUAAUCCGAAGGUUGCCAGUUCGAUUCCCGGUCAUGCCAACUGACGUUGUGUCCUUGGGCAAGACACUUCACCCUACUUGCCUCGGGGGGAAUGUCCCUGUACUUACUGUAAGUCGCUCUGGAUAAGAGCGUCUGCUAAAUGACUAAAUGUAAAUGUAAUGUAAGUCAAAAAUGUGCUAAAUGAAAACAUUAUUAUACGGACAGACCUGAGGGCCCUGUGAACCUGGUCUCCCAUCAUCACUAUGUGACACCAGCCCAGUUCUGUCAUGUUCUGGUUUGUUCUGUGAUUAAAA